AUGUCUGGCUACGUUGCUCCCUACGGUAAUACCCUCCCCGAGCAUGGCGUCAUCGGUCGUGGCUACGCCCUCAUCUCUACAAGUGGACGCGUAGAAUUCAGGGUUACCGACGAAGGUAACCUCCAGCUCAUCGCCAACGGCAAGAUCCUCUGGUGCCGCGAUGGCAAAAGCGCGUCUUGGGUGACGAUGCAAAGCGACGGCAACUGCUGCGGUUACAGGUCUGAUGGUACCGCGAUGUGGGCCACCCUAACCAACGGCUGCAACCACCCCUACAACCUCGUCUGUCAGGACGACGGAAAUUUGGUCGUCUACGCGAAGGGCAAUCGACCUGUCUGGGCCACCGACACUUGCGGCUUAGUGCCACCCUCACCUUCUUUCGUUCAUCCCUAUGGAUCCACUCUUCCCGAGCAUGGCAUUAUCGGUCGUGGCUACUCGCUCAUCUCCGACAACAAACGGGUAGAGUUUAAGGUCGACUACAACGGUGACCUCCUGCUUCUGGGUGACGGCAACGAGCUCUGGUCAUUCAAGGGAAAACACACGUCUUAUGUCGCGAUGCAAGGUGAUGGAAACUGCUUUGGGUACACAUCCAAUGGUACCGCGAUGUUUGCCACCGACACCUGGGGCGAAUGCCACCCAUGCAAGCUUGUAUGUCAGGACGACGGGAACUUGGUUGUGUACGCCAAUGGCGAGCCCGUCUGGGCCACCAACACCCACGGCUUGGUCCGCUACGUACGCUAUGCAAAGUGA